AAAAGCAAGAAGAAGAAAAAAAAAAAAAGGAGGAUGAAGAGGACAUAAAAGAGGUGAAGGAAGAGGAGGUUAAACCAAAACGUUUGCAAUACAGGUCGAAUCUUUAUAGCAUUGUAAGCCUUCUACAUGAUGUAAAGUUCAAUGAAAUACCAUCCGAACAGAUUCAAAAAUCACCUUUUGCAAACAUGUUUACAAUUACUGAAGGCAGUAUUGAUGAGCAAAUGGUGAAGAAAUCUGAUCCCAUUCUUAUCAAGUUGAUAGAGACAUAUAAGAGAGGACAAGCAAAGUUUUUGCUUGCAGAGAAAGAUAUUGCUCUAACUGAUUUUGAGCUUGGUGUCAUUUUUGGAAUCACAUUUGGACCGGUGAAGAUCCACAUCACAACCCAUGGAAAAAGGCCAGACACAGAAUUUGCCAAUCGAGUCUUUGUUGGGACAAGCACCAUGCACCUUCCAACAAUGAGGGUGACAAUUGAAAAUAUUUUGAAACCUCCUGUCAAGAAGAAGCAGAAGAAGAAGCAAAAACAAAUAUCAGAGACAGAAGCUGCAAAAGAUUUGGCACGUCUUCUAACAUUAUACACCAUUGGAACACUGUUUUUUCCAACAACAGAAACAAACCUGAAUUGGUCCUACCUGAAGCUUGUUGAAGAUUUGGAAAAUAGUACAAAUUACAAUUGGUCAAUGUUCAUAGCCAAUUAUCUUGUUAACGAACUCAACUCCAAGAAUUUGACGAUUGUUGGUGGUUGCACCACUACACUCCUGAUCGUUGGUUUGGUUGUUGAAAUUAUUCUGGUGAAAUCUGAAAGUCGUGCACUGAAAAUCCAAGUCCUACCGGUAGGAGUUUUGGCCCUACCGGUAGAAACGCUGUCCAGUGGUGUCACUUUGUGA